GGUAGGACUGUUUUGCCCUUUGUAAAGAUGGCCGAAGAGGCUUCCGACCCUAGUGAGAGCAGAGCGCGAGUUUUCAGGAGUAUGGCGCGAGAAGACGAGGAAAAGCGAGUUUGUGGCUCCAGCGGAAAGUAGACAGAGCACUGCAGUCGCAACAGGCUUCUGAGGUGUUCCGAGAGCCCAGCGGACUGCCACCGUCUGGGCCUCGUUCCUGCGGAAAUCGUGACCAAGAUGUGGAACAGCGGAUUUGAAAGCUAUGGCGGCUCUGCCUUUGGCGGAGCGGGCGGCUAUACACAGUCUCCUGGGGGCUUUGGAUCGCCGACACCUUCUCAGGCUGAAAGGAAAUCAAGAGCCCGAGCCCAGCACAUUGUACCCUGUACCAUAUCUCAGCUGCUUUCUGCCACUCUGGUUGAUGAAGUGUUCAAAAUUGGAAAUGUUGAGAUUUCACAGGUCACUAUUGUGGGUAUAAUCAGACAUGCAGAGAAGGCUCCAACCAACAUUGUUUACAAAAUAGAUGACAUGACAGCUGCUCCCAUGGAUGUUCGUCAAUGGGUCGACACAGAUGAUGCCAGUGGUGAAAACACAGUGGUUCCUCCAGAAACAUAUGUUAAAGUGGCUGGCCAUCUGAGAUCUUUUCAGAAUAAAAAAAGCCUGGUAGCCUUUAAGAUCAUGCCCCUGGAGGAUAUGAAUGAGUUCACCACACAUAUUCUGGAAGUAGUCAAUGCACACAUGGUACUAAGCAAAUCUAACAGCCAGCCCUCAGCAGGGAGAGCAUCUAUCAGCAACCCAGGAAUGGGUGAAGCAGGGAACUUUGGUGGGAAUAACUUUGUGCCAACAAAUGGCCUCACUGUGGCCCAAAACCAGGUGCUGAAUUUGAUUAAGGCUUGCCCAAGACCUGAAGGAUUAAACUUUCAAGAUCUCAAGAACCAGCUCCAACACAUGACUGUAGCCUCGAUAAAGCAAGCUGUGGAUUUUCUCAGCAACGAGGGGCACAUCUAUUCUACUGUGGAUGAUGAUCAUUUUAAAUCCACAGAUGCAGAAUAAUUGGAUCUAAUUGGAUACCUGAGAUAUUUUCCAGCUGGACCUGUUUUCAAAGUCUGUCUCCAGCUGUGUUUACAUUUGGCCAGUUCGCUUCUACAAAAUAGGUUUCAUCUAUAAAGGUUCUCAUUUGACAUCCUUUUGAAACUUACUGUUCUUUAGAUAGUUUUUUUUGAAACUCAAUUUUGGGUACUUGACAGCCAUGUAAACUUGGGCAGAAUUUCUUAAUGAAGUUAACAGGUAAGGUAUUUACAACAUCAGGAUAGCUGGAGUUGGAAGAGGGAUACUACCAAAAGAGUUGGACAGUAUUAAAUAAUGCGGGAGUUUCUAUUCCUUACAUGUUUCCUGUUGAGAGAAGAUGAGCAGGACUAGGGCCUUUCAGCAGGGAGCUAGCUCAGAAACCUGCUGUCCUCUGCCUUUGUUCCCCACUUUGUUAUGUUGUGUUUCUUUCAGAAUUGCACUUUCCUUCACCUUGUCAUGACCACUGCCAAAGUUUUUGUGAACAUGAGGUUCUAGAGUGGUGGCCUCAUGAAGCAGGAGAGGAAGAAAUGUUAAUUGUAUUUUGUACAAAAUAAGUAGAUUUGUAUGUUUAAUAAAAUAGUUCUAUUAUUGCAGAA